UGCUCACUUUCUCGCAAUAUACAAAUCUUCUCUUCUUCUUCUUCUUCUUCUUCUUACUUCUUCCCCUUCAAUGCAAACAAUGCUCGAUUCCAUUAACCUAAUCGAAUAAUGGGGCUAUCUGAUUCUGCAAACGAGCCACUCGGAGACACUAGGACCGCCGCUUCCAAGGAAGAUAAUCGCUCCUUUCUCGGCAUCGAUCUCAACGAAAUCCCUUCCGCCGCUACUCUCGGCGGUGGUUGCACCGGCCCUCAUGAUGACGACGCCGACUACGAGCCUGUCGAAGUUGUUAGGUCAAUUCACGAUAAUCCUGACCCAGCUCCUGGAGCGCCUGCCGAGGUUCCUGAACCGGAUCGGGAUGCUUCCUGCGCCGCCUGUGGAAGGCCUGAGUCUAUGCAGCUCGUUGCUGUCUGCGAUGCUUGUGAGCGAGGUUUUCAUCUCUCUUGUGUUAACGACGGAGUGGACGCCGCUCCCUCUUCCGAUUGGAUGUGCAGCGACUGUGUUUCUGGCGGCGAGAGGAGCAAACUCUGGCCGUUGGGUGUCAAGUCUAAGCUCAUUCUCGAUAUGAACGCCUCGCCACCCAGUGAUGCCGAGGGUUAUGGCGGCGAGGAUACGUCAGAUUCUAGAAAGCAUAUGCUGGCCAGCAGCUCUUGCAUGGAAAACUCUUUUGAUUAUCCAAUCAGCUUUUCAAGUCCUGGUAGAGGAUACGCUAGUCUCGAAUCUUCAGGGUUAAUGGCUCGUAAUCCCAAAAUGACUAUGGAUGCAUUGGGUUCACAUAAUCUAGGUUUUGGAUUCCCAUUAAGCCUGAACAAUAGUAGUUUGCCCGUUAGAUUUCCAUCCUUGGAUCCAAGUGAGUUGUUUCUGCAAAAUCUCAGGCAUUUUAUAUCUGAAAGGCAUGGAGUAUUGGAAGAUGGUUGGCGUGUCGAAUUUAAACAGCCUUUAAAUAGUUAUCAGCUAUCUGCAGUGUACUGUGCUCCGAACGGAAAAACAUUUAGUUCAAUACAGGAUGUUGCUUGUUAUCUGGGCUUAGCAGUUAAUGGUAGCUACAGCUGUAUGGAUACUGAAAUCAGGAAUGAAAGUUCUCUUCUUCAAGAAAGAUUGCAUAUGCCCAAGAGGAGAAAGACAUCAAGAUGGCCAAACAAUGGUUUCCCUGAGCAAAAGGGUAGUUCAGUGAGUGCUCAGCUCAGGCGUGUUCCAUUCUAUUGUCAAACGAUGCCCCCUUUUGCAAUUAAAUCUGGUACUCAUUUUCAGGCUGGUGAUUCCCUUAGCGCUGGAAAUAAUGGAUGCGGUUGUGAGGAAGCUAUUAUAAGUAAUGGGCUUCCACUGCAGUUUGAAGAUUUUUUUGUGCUGUCACUUGGACGUAUUGACAUAAGACAGUCUUACCACAAUGUCAACAUGAUUUAUCCAGUAGGAUAUAAGUCCUGCUGGCAUGAUAAAAUCACGGGGUCGCUAUUUACAUGUGAAGUAUCUGAUGGCAGUUCUGGUCCUGUUUUCAAGGUUACACGGUCACCAUGCUCUAAGUCAUUUAUUCCACUUGGAUCAACUGUCUUCUCCUGCCCAAAGAUUGAUGAAAUGGUGGAACAGAACAUUGAAAAACGAAGUGAUCGUAAAGACAGUACCCAAGAGCAUGAUGAUGACGCUAAUAUUGAGAUCCUUCUUUCGGAUCACCCCCCACCUCUUGGAGAUGAUAUAUUGUCUUGUUUACGAGAGAAUAAUAUCUCCAAGACAUUCAGUUGCUUGCGCUCAGAGGGUGGUUCUUCUCAAGUAGACUUUGAUAAUAUAUUAUCCAGUAAACAGGACCAUCAUGGGGUUGACAUUGGCGACAUUGUUGUGGAAGAAGAUUCAUUGUCUGUUGCAUGGAACAAGGUGUGUCAAAAACUUGUUGAUGCAUGUUCCAAUGUCAUGAAGCAGACGGGUACCAUGGAUUUCCUUUGCAAGCAUGUUGACAAAGAAACAAGAGAAAUCAACUGGGAUACGAUAAAUGAGAAAGACAAUGUGAUUUUAUCAUUAUCAAGAUUUUGCUGUUCUUUGGCUCCUCACAGUGUCACAUGUGGUAAAAAGGAUAAUAGAGAGAUUGCAACUGUAGUUGAUGCUAUGUCAAGGUGGCUGGAUCAAAACAGAUUUGGACUUGAUGCAGAUUUUGUGCAGGAAAUGAUUGAACAUAUGCCUGGUGCCGAAUCUUGUACAAAUUAUAGGAAUCUGAAGAGUAGAAUUUCCUCCUCUGUUCCUGUAACUGUAGCAGAAGGAGCACUAGUUGUCAAACCAAAAGGCUGGGAAAAUGUCAAGGAAGAAGUUUUCGGUGAGAUUUCUCGGAAAGCCAAGAAGCCUAAACUAAAUGGUGGUCAUGGUGUCAGAAAUCCACACCCUCCUCCUGGGAGGCCAAUGUGUUUGAGGCUUCCUCCUGGGCUUGUUGGUGACUUCCUUCAGGUAUCUGAAGUGUUCUGGCGUUUCCAUGAAAUUUUGGGUUUUGAAGAGGCCGUCUCACCUGAGAAGCUUGAACAGGAGCUUAUCAAUCCAGUUUUUGAUGGUUUGUUUCUUGAUAAACCUGGGAAGGAUGAUAAGCGAAGUGGGAUGAACUUAACUGAUAAAGAUUGUACAACUACUAAUCUUUUUUCUUUGUUCGAUGAAUCUUGCCAACCUUCUCCCGUGAACAAUACCUCUGAUUCUGUACUAAAGGAGACAAAGGCAGGGGAUUCUUCUGAUUUUAAGAUUUCAUAUUCCUCUCGUGGGCAGUGUGUCAGUGCACUUCUAACAAGGAAUCACAUUUCGCUUCUGCAAGUGCUAAUAUGUGAGUUGCAAUCCAAGGUAGCUGCAUUUGUUGAUCCAAACUUUGAUUCUGGAGAAUCAAGAUCCAGACGAGGACGGAAAAAGGAUGACAGUACACUUUCUGCCAAAAGAAAUAAGCUGCAUAUGCUUCCUGUUAAUGAGUUCACUUGGCCUGAAUUGGCCCGUAGGUACGUCUUGUCUCUUUUAUCAAUGGAUGGGAAUCUCGAAUCAGCAGAGAUAGCUGCCCAUGAAAGUGGUAAGGUAUUUCGUUGCUUACAAGGGGAUGGUGGUUUGCUUUGCGGCUCGCUUACAGGAGUGGCUGGGAUGGAAGCAGAUUCAAUGUUACUUGCAGAGGCUAUUAAGAAAAUAUCUGGUUCUUUGACAAGCGAAACUGAUGUUCUUUACGUGGAAGAUGAUGAAUCCGAUGUCGUUGAUGCUACUGAGACAAACACUUGCAAUGGUGAUAUUCCAGAGUGGGCACAGGUUUUGGAACCUGUGAAAAAGCUUCCAACAAAUGUUGGGACUAGAAUCAGAAAGUGUGUUUAUGAAGCUUUAGAGAGAAAUCCACCAGAGUGGGCAAAGAAGAUAUUGGAGCAUUCCAUCAGUAAAGAAAUUUAUAAAGGCAAUGCUUCAGGACCAACAAAGAAAGCUGUCCUCUCAUUGCUAGCAGAUGUUCGAGGUGGAGAUUUGGUGCAGAGGUCUGUUAAAGGAACCAAAAAGCGGACACCCAUAGGUGUAUCUGAUCUCAUUAUGAAGAAAUGCCGUGCUGUAUUGCGUGGUGUUGCAGCCGCAGACGAGGAUAAAGUAUUUUGCACUUUGCUCGGGCGAAAGUUACUGAAUUCCAGUGAUAAUGAUGAUGACGGGCUCCUGGGAUCACCUGCAAUGGUUUCGCGGCCCUUAGACUUCAGAACUAUUGAUUUGAGAUUGGCUGCUGGUGCAUACAACGGAUCAACUGAAGCUUUUCUUGAGGAUGUUCUUGAGCUGUGGAGUAGUAUACGUAUUAUGUAUGCGGAUCAGCCCGAUUAUGUGGAACUGGUUGCAACUUUGUCUGAAAAAUUCAAGUCAUUAUACGAGGCUGAGGUUCUACCACUUGUUCAGAAACUUGUGGACUACAUGAAAUUGGAAUGCUUAAAUGCAGAGAUGAAGAAGGAAAUUAAGGAAAUAGUUGUUUCAGUAAAUAAACUUCCCAAGGCCCCGUGGGAUGAGGGGGUAUGUAAAGUAUGCGGCGUUGACAAAGAUGAUGACAGUGUUCUCUUGUGUGAUACAUGCGAUGCUGAGUAUCACACAUAUUGUUUAAAUCCACCUCUUAUCAGAAUUCCUGAUGGAAAUUGGUAUUGUCCAUCUUGUGUCAUUGCCAAGCGCAUGGCUCAAGAGGCUUUGGAAUCUUACAAACUAGUCAGGCGGCGAAAAGGUAGAAAGUAUCAGGGGGAACUCACCCGAGCCUCUAUGGAAAUGACUGCUCACCUGGCAGAUGUGAUGAAAGAAAAGGACUACUGGGAGUUCAGUGCUGAGGAGAGAAUCAUGCUGCUUAAGGUUCUAUGCGAUGAACUCCUCAGCUCAUCCCUUGUCCAUCAACACCUCGAGCAAUGUGCCGAAGCGAUAAUUGAAAUGCAGCAGAAAUUGCGCUCUCUUUCCUCAGAUUGGAAAAACGCGAAAAUGCGGCAAGAAUUCUUGAUGGCUAAACUCGCAAAGGUUGAACCUAGUAUUUUGAAGGAAGCAAGCGAACUACAUAAUUCAAGUCACUUUGCAGACCAUAUGGGAUGUGAUCAACGACCACAGGAGGGCGUUGUUGGAGACGGAGUUACUCAUGAUGAUGGGACUUCCUCUACUGCAUUUCUUAACAAAAAUCAAGGUCAAGCUCCACUUGAGACCGAUUCUCAACCUGGAGAUUUGCAUGUUAAUUCCGGUGGGAGCAAGAUUUCCUCCCCAGAAAAA